AUGCCAGCAGACGUUUCGGAUACCAAUCGGUCUCAUUGGACACCGCCGGACCAACUGCAGCAUCCAGCAUCCCGAUGUUUCCGCCUUCAUCUCUGCCACGAUUCCCCGCCGACAGUCAACACUGACCGCACUCCUGAACCCCCAAUGCCAUCCUCCACCAUCGCCUCAACAUCCGCUGCGACGGCUCCUGCACCUACUGCCACUGCAUUCAAUCCUGACACACCAACAGACACCAACCUCACUACUGCCAGCACCAGCGAUGUGGGCUCCGUCCAUACAGUCCUCAUUGCGAUCAUAUCACACAUCGGCCUGGUCGGUCGCUUGCGAAUCCGUCGGACAGACACUGAAAAAACACUGCCUGGAGUACCAACCUACACCCACCGCACUCGACUCAACCGCUCACAUUGUCCUCGCACUUUCAGACAUCGGAUGGGCCCAUUCGGUCAUAUGCGCAUCCACGAGAGCGGAAUUUACCGCGGUCCCGAUAUACCCAUCACAUCCACCACCAUCCACCAUGCCCAGCCCCAUCCUCGCUUCAUUGCCCUAUGCGCUCAGCACCACCAUUACCAGCACCGCAAGCACCGCACUGUCCCCGCACAUUCUCCACUCUCAUCGGCCUGGUCGGUCACUUGCGAAUCCAUCACAGAGAGACUGGCGAACCAGUGCCAGGAGCACCCACCGCAUGCACAUUCACGAAACCCUGCGGUAGACAACUGCCAGCUACACCUCACCGUCAUAUCUUCCCCCUGCCGCAUCGCACAACAUCAUAACCCACCACAAUUGCCACCUCCCGCGCAAGUGGGAAGUGGGCAACUCGGCUCCUUCUCCAUGCGGCUGCAUGUGUGA